GUUUUACUUUUGAGACUUUUAUGUUGUACUAAUAUAAAUUAUACUUUAUUGAGUUUAUCAAGCAGCUCUGUUUUAAGAACACCAAACCAGAAUAGGAGACAAAACUCAACUCUGAAAUGUAGCGAGGUGACUGGAGAUGUAGCGAGAAGGUUUCCAUUAUUAGCCAGCUAAGUUAGCCAGGUUAGCUAACGAGUUCCAAAAUAAAACAUUGAUUUCAUGAUUCCUGCGCAUCAUAAACUGCUCUUAAAAUUUCAGCAUGCCGGACAUAAAAGUAACGCCGCUAGGCGCUGGACAAGACGUUGGGCGCAGCUGCAUUCUGGUUUCUAUUGGAGGCAAAAACAUAAUGCUCGACUGUGGGAUGCAUAUGGGCUACAAUGAUGAUAGACGUUUUCCAGACUUCUCCUACAUCACCCAGAAUGGACGCCUCACAGAUUUUUUGGAUUGUGUUAUCAUAAGCCAUUUCCAUCUGGACCACUGCGGUGCUCUUCCCUACAUGAGUGAGAUGGUGGGCUAUGAUGGACCCAUCUACAUGACGCAUCCCACAAAGGCCAUCUGUCCCAUCCUGCUGGAGGACUUCCGCAAAAUCACAGUGGACAAAAAGGGCGAGACCAACUUCUUCACCUCGCAAAUGAUCAAAGACUGCAUGAAGAAAGUGGUGCCGCUGAACCUCCAUCAGACUGUUCAGGUGGACGACGAGCUUGAGAUCAAAGCGUACUAUGCAGGUCAUGUGCUCGGGGCAGCCAUGGUGCUAAUUAAAGUUGGCUCAGAGUCUGUUGUUUAUACAGGCGAUUAUAACAUGACACCAGACAGACACUUAGGCGCUGCUUGGAUUGAUAAAUGUCGUCCAGAUAUUCUGAUCUCGGAGUCCACCUACGCCACCACAAUCCGCGACUCUAAGCGGUGCAGAGAAAGAGACUUCUUGAAGAAAGUCCAUGAAACCAUCGAGAGAGGAGGGAAGGUCCUCAUUCCGGUUUUUGCCUUGGGGAGAGCGCAGGAGCUUUGCAUUCUUCUGGAAACGUUCUGGGAAAGAAUGAAUUUGAAAGCACCCAUAUACUUCUCCACCGGCCUGACGGAGAAAGCCAACCACUACUACAAACUCUUCAUUACCUGGACCAAUCAAAAGAUCCGCAAGACCUUCGUCCAAAGGAACAUGUUUGAGUUCAAGCACAUCAAGGCAUUUGAUCGCUCCUAUGCAGACAACCCAGGACCAAUGGUGGUGUUUGCCACUCCAGGAAUGUUACACGCAGGCCAGUCUUUACAGAUAUUCAAGAAGUGGGCUGGCAAUGAAAAGAACAUGGUCAUUAUGCCAGGGUACUGUGUGCAAGGAACAGUGGGUCACAAGAUUCUGAAUGGUCAGAAGAAGCUUGAGAUGGAGGGAAGAGCCACGCUGGAGGUGAAACUGCAGGUGGAGUACAUGUCCUUCAGUGCCCAUGCGGACGCUAAGGGCAUCAUGCAGCUGAUUCGCAUGGCUGAGCCACGCAACAUGCUGCUGGUGCACGGAGAGGCCAAGAAGAUGGAGUUCCUCAAAGACAAGAUUGAGCAGGAGUUCAAUAUCAGCUGCUAUAUGCCAGCUAAUGGAGAGACCACCACAGUGACAACCAACCCGAGUGUGCCGGUGGACAUCUCUCUCAACCUGCUGAAGAGGGAGAUGGCCCUUGGAGGUCCGUUACCCGACCCUAAGAAGCCUCGCACCAUGCAUGGAACUUUGAUCAUGAAAGACAAUAGUCUGAGGCUGGUUUCUCCAGAGCAGGCUCUAAAGGAGUUAGGUCUUUCUGAACAUCAGCUGCGGUUCACCUGCCGCGUGCAUCUGCAAGACCCUCACAGUGACUCGGACACACUCGCCCGCAUCUACAGCCACCUCAAAAGCGUGCUCAAAGGCUACGCUGUCCAGCACCUUCCCGAUGGCACCGUUAUGGUAGAAUCCAUCGUCCUCAAAGUGUCCUCUUCUGGCGAAGACCCCAAUCUUAAAGUCAUUCUGCUCUCCUGGAGCUAUCAGGAUGAAGAACUGGGGAGUUUCUUGUCCAGUCUGCUUAAAAAAGGGCUUCCCUCAGGACUCUGAUUCUAUUGUGAAUGCUUUUCUUUACUGCUGUUGUUGCAAAUUGAUUCAAUAAACCUUUUGUAGAAAAAUA